AGCAGGAGAGGAUUUACUUCAGCAGAGCUGCUCAGUGUGUCACAGCCCACCGAGGGAGAAGGGCAGGGGGAACAAAGGACUGGACUGGCUGCGGGAGCCUGGCACAAGGGUUAAAAAUGACUCUCAACAAUGUUACCAUGCGUCGCACACACAACAGCAGCCCGCACCAGCAGCAGCAGCGAUGGAGCAUCCCUGCUGAUGGAAAGAAUCUGCUGGUCCAGAAGGACUCCAAUGAGUACAACCCACAGAAACGAUACACCAUCAGUCCUGAUGAAUAUUACAGAAGGAGCUGGUCCUCGGAGUCAUCCGACUCUGUCAUCUCCUCCGAGUCUGGCAGCAGCUGCUACCGCGUGGUGCUGAUCGGGGAGCACGGCGUGGGGAAGUCCUCGCUAGCCAACAUCUUUGCAGGCGUGCACGACAGCAUUGACAGCGACUGUGAGGUGCUGGGAGAAGACACGUAUGAAAGAACUCUGAUGGUGGAUGGGGAAAGUGCGACUGUUAUACUGCUCGAUAUGUGGGAUAACAAGCGGGAGGGAGAAUGGAUUCGAGACCACUGCAUGCAAGUGGGAGAUGCCUACUUGAUCGUCUACUCCAUCACUGACCGAGCAAGCUUUGAGAAGGCCUCUGAGCUCAGAAUACAGCUCCGCAGGGCACGCCAGAAAGAAGAUAUCCCCAUUAUCUUGGUUGGCAACAAAAGUGACCUUGUCAGAUGCCGUGAAGUUUCAGUGGCAGAGGGGCGAGCCUGUGCCGUGGUGUUUGACUGCAAGUUCAUUGAGACCUCGGCAGCUGUGCAGCACAACGUCAAAGAGCUCUUCGAGGGCAUCGUGCGGCAGGUCCGGCUGCGCAGGGACAGCAAGGAGAAGAACGAGAAGCGGCUGGCGCUACAGAAACGGAGAGAGAGCAUCCCCAAGAAAGCCAGGCGCUUUUGGGGCAAAAUAGUUGCCAAGAACAACAAGAACAUGGCCUUCAAACUCAAGUCCAAGUCUUGCCAUGACCUAUCAGUACUUUAAGAACACUGGACUCUGCCAGAGCUUGUGGCAUUUUGUGGACAUUAUCUAACUUUGUCAUAGGACAAUCAAUCGAUCUAU